AUGGUAGAGAAGGAGGCGGGUGUGGCCGCCAUCUUGGGUGUGCUCACAGGUCUGCUGGAGUAUGGCCUGCAAAGGGUCGGGGGUGAAGCCACUCUGUUGAUCGACUUGGGCGUGGGCCUCCUCACCGGCAUCGUCGGCAGCCUGUUCUAUCACUUUGACGGGGAGAGGUAUUGCUUGCUCUCCAUUUUCAUGGGCACCUUGUACUGGUUCUUCUACGGCACCGCCUUCGUGGUGGGCCUGGUGGAGAUCUUGGCCGGGGAGCUGGAGACGGGGGUGACCCGCUUCAUGGCGGUGAGUAUCAAGACCUUCGUGCUCUGUGUCAUGACCUGCUUCGGUAUGCUGCUUGCCCUGCCGAAUCCCGCCACGGCCUGGGAGGCGCAAUAUGCGAACUGCGGCACCAUCGACUUGGGCGCGCAGUGGUGGCGUGUCCCCUUGUACUUGGCCUGCUCGUUUUCCGUCCUGGGGCAGUACCGCUUCCGCCUGGAGCAGUUCUGGCGGGGCCUUCUGGUGCAGCUCGCGGGCUACGAGACCCAGUUCCAGGUGUCCCAGGCCUUCCGCAACCGCAGCGGGUCCCUGGUCAAGGAUAACCUGGACGUCAUGGCCUCCAACGUCUGCGGGGCUGCGGCCAGCGUGGUGACGGCGUGCCUGCUGUCGGCCUUCAUGGACUUUGUGAACGGCAUCUACUACGCCCAGCUGCUGCAGCGGGGGGCGCACCGGGACGAGACGGACUCCAUGCUGGAUGACAUCUUGUAUGGCUGCAUCUCGUCGGUGGUGAAGUGCUUCAACUGCCUGGGCAUCGGAAGGGCACACGACAAGCAUAUGGUGGAGCUGGAGAAGAAGAUCUACCAGCAAACCAAAGAGCUGAAGGACCCGGCAAAUCCCCGCACCGAGAUCAAGCUGGGUCCUGAAGAAGAGGACCUCUUGCUGGACACCGUGGUCUAUGCCGAGUCCAUGAACAUUUGGGCCAUGCUCAUGCCAGCAGUGUAUCAGCUGGUGCCAGGGUCGAUGAUCGCCAAGAUGUGGUUCGAGACCAUCAUCCCGCCGAGCGACCCUUCGCUGGCGGAGAACACCUUUGCCGGGCUCAUGGUCACCUCGAUCUCUUUGGCUCUGGGCCUCGUCCUGGGCGAGGCUAUUGUGCAGGUGGUCACGGGCUUGGUGAACCUCAUGAAGCGUAAGUGCUCCAAGGGCGCCAAGAAGGAGGAGGAGCCCGACGACAUUGACCUGGGCAUGGUUGGCCCCGACAUUGCCACUACCAUUGCCGGCGACGACACAAAGUCUGAGGGCAGCGGAAGCACGUGGCCACUUUGAGCACCUUGGGCUCCAGGAGAGUCAAAGGGGAGAAAAAAGCUCCUUAAGCUGUAGUCGGCCUUGCAUCUUUGGAUCAGAGGCCAUUUCCUUGCACCUACUUUUUGAAGUUGAGGCGACAUUUCACGGCUUGCGGGCUGAGAACGCCGCGUCCUUGGCGGGGCGGUUUUGGGACGUCGCCUGACAACCAGAGGCCGUCCCGCCCUCGCCUUUGCGGCCUGCCGAAAUGGAUGGUUUCGCAAAACCUGCACUGCCAUGUUUGGUUCCCUUUUGCACCCUUUUGCAGAGACUGUAGCUCCCUGGCCUCUUGACGGGGGCUAAGCCAGGCUGGAAGCGUCGGAG